GGUCUCAGCAGGUUUACAGGAAAUACGACUAUCAGGAAGUGAAAAGUUUGUAAGAUUUGUUUGUAUCGUCAAAAUAUACUAUUGAUAAUAGAAGUGUUCAAAGCGGUUCAAAGUUUAAGUCUAGUCUAAGUUAAAGACCGGAUACGCACGUGUUCAAAGACAAUCAGGUGUGAAAGCGUGUGAACGCUGCCUACGAAGUCUAAGGACCAGCUGAGGAGGCCAUGAAUCGAGUCCCCCUGCAGCAGCCACAGAGCUGCGGGUCCUGGGAGCUGAAGGAGCGCCUGGGGACCGGAGGCUUCGGGAAUGUCACAAGAUGGCAAAAUAAGGACACAGAGGAGCAGGUCGCUAUAAAGCAGUGCCGUCAGGAGCUGAGUGACAGAAACAAAGAGAGAUGGUGUCUGGAGAUCCAGAUCAUGAAGAGGUUGGAUCAUGUUAACGUCGUUGCAGCCAGAGAGGUUCCUGAAGGAAUGCAGAAAAUGGUGGCCACCAAUGACCUGCCACUGCUGGCCAUGGAGUAUUGCCAGGGAGGAGAUCUAAGAAAGUAUCUGAACCUUCUGGAGAACUGCUGUGGAAUGAGGGAGGGCUCUGUUUUGAUUCUGUUACGGGACAUUUCUUCGGCUCUGACCUACCUCCAUAAGAAGAGGAUCAUCCACAGAGAUCUGAAGCCAGAAAACAUUGUGCUGCAGCAAGGAGAGAAGAGAUUGAUCCACAAGAUUAUAGAUCUCGGCUACGCUAAAGAGUUGGACCAGAGCAGCCUUUGCACAUCAUUUGUGGGAACACUGCAGUACUUAGCUCCAGAGCUGAUUGAGAGGCAGAAGUACACGGUCACUGUGGACUACUGGAGCUUCGGGACUUUGGUGUUUGAGUGUAUCACAGGAUUUCGCCCUUUCUUACCGACCUGGCAGCCUGUCCCCUGGCACAAUAAACUGAGGCUGAAGCAGGACGAUGACAUUGUCGUCUAUGAGGACCUCUCCGGGGAAGUCCGCUUCUCCAAACACGUGCCCCAGCCCAACAACCUCAACAGUCUGUUAUUAGAGAAAAUGGAGAGGUGGCUGCAGCUGAUGUUGAAGUGGUCUCCUCAGGAGAGAGGCAAAGACCACGAUGCUACUCCCAGCAACUGCUUCUCCCAGCUGGAGAUCAUACUACAGCUCAAGCUGGUUCACGUCCUAAACAUGAUGUCUGCUAAGAUCCUGACGUACUCGGUCUCGGACGAUGAGACCGUGGCCGACCUGCAGCUGAGAAUAGAAAAAGACACCGACAUCCCCGCAGCCAAUCAGGAGCUGCUGCUGGAGGCGGGAUUAGCCUUGGAGCCUAACGGACUGGCCACGCAGUGUGCCAUAGAUUACACAGAAAUAGAUGGUCGACGGACAGACUUGCCUCUGGUCUUCCUGUUUGAUCGCUCCUCUUGCAGUUAUGAGCCCCAGUUUGCUCCUCGCACGCUCCCUGAAAACAUCCGCUUCGUGCAGACUGACCCCAAGCACCUUCUGGCUUACAGCCCUCUGAGGAGGACCUGCGGCCAGGCGUGGCACACCAUCCGCUCCCUGAAGGAAGACUGGCAAAGACUGCAGCAGGGGCAGAAAGCUGCCAUCAUGAGCCUGCUGAGACACAACUCCUCACUGUCCAAACAGAAGAAUGAGAUGGUGUCCAUGCACCAGAGACUCACAGCCAAGCUGGACUUCUUCACCACCAGCCUUCACAUAGACAUGGACAAAUACCAGGAACAGACAGCCACUGGGAUUGCGUCAGAGAAACUCCUCUGCGUGUGGAGGGAGAUGGAGCAAACUGCUGUCAGCUGUGGUCAGGUAGAGUUGAGUGUGUUUCUGCGUGUGUGUGUCACUUGUCCUUUAAAAAGACUAAAACCCACAUGUUUGGGUACCCAGGCCAAGGUGAGUGAACUGGAAGAAGAGAUGAUGCAGCUGCAGCCAGACAUAGUGGAUGUGCAGAGGCAGCCGUGGAGGAGUGGAGAGGCUCUGGACACACUGGAAGGAAGGGCCAUGGAGCUGUUCCGUAAACUCAGGGAGAAACCCAGAGACCAGAGGUGCUCAGGAGACAGUCAGGAGGUGGUGCGUCUGGUACUUCAGGCUGUGCAGUUCUAUGAGAAGAAGCUCAGAGACUUCUACACACACCUCAGUAAGACGGCGGUGUGCCGUCAGCGUGUGAUGGAGCUGCUGCCGAAGGUGGAGGGCGUGGUCCAGAAGAUGGCAGAGAGCGAACAAGUCCUGAUGAGUCUGCAGGAGAAACGACAGAGGGAGCUGUGGAACCUGCUCAAAGUCGCCUGUAGUAAAGUUCGCAGCCCAGUGAGUGGGAGCCCUGAUGGAUUACGCACCCCCUCGUCAGUGCCGCCUCUUCUGACCCCGAGACAAAGCCUACAGCAGCUUGAUGAGUCUCUCGUGGAGCAGAGCAGGACGUUUGAGAGUCGACUCCAGAGCUUGCUUCAUGACACCAUCCAGGAAUCAGAAAACAGUAUGGAGAUGUUGAGGGAGUGGACGUGGCUGCACGGAGGCCAGAGUUUCUCCAGUGACCUCUCCUGAAUUGGGGCUCAUUCUUUGAUUAUGUGUGAUACUGUACUGCCUCCGUGUGGAUGGGAUGUCACACUACAUUGGGAUGUAGUACCGGCUGUUCUGACAAUGUGAAUGCAGUAAUGGCUGCUGGCACAUAUUUGUUCAACCAGAUUAGGGAGUAGGUAAACAUACUCACUGCAAAUAUUUAGAGCACUGAAGCCAAUUCUAAUUCUGAUAAUGACUUAUAUCAGAGAAAGAGAAUUAUUAUUUAUUUACCUAUCUGAAAGUUUAAAACAACCAUGAAAUAGGUUCAACCGUUCCACUGAUCUUGUCAUAUGAUCCCCCCAGUCUUACAGUAUACAGAGAGGCUUGAAGAGCUUCAAACUGGAUCAUCUAUCAUCUUUCCUGAAUCAUCCGAGACUUACAAACUGCAAAUUUCAUCCUCAAAUUUAUGCACAAGAAAGUUCAUGAACGUAAAUAAUGUGUUACAGAAUUGUAACCAGUUCAGUCUUUGUUUUCAAACCGUACAUUUUAGUUACAUUUGUUUCACCAUGUUUGUUGGACAGUUUAUUCAAAAAGUUUGAUUGUAGAUUUAAUACUAUGUACCACGAUAUUAAAAAAUAAUGGGUUUUAGUUAUAGUUUAAAAGUA